UCCAGACAUCCACCAUUUUUCUGUUCCUACUGGUUUAUGAUGUUCAGGAAACAAGGAUCAAGGAUGCAAAUACGAAUUUUGUGAAUAAAACAGUGUUUAAUACACAAUUUCCAAGUUAAAGACCAUUUUAGGAUUGAAAUAGUCUUAAGUUCUUAAUUAUUUUGAAAUCAAUUACUCUGUGGUUUUGCGAAGUAUUCAACAUAAAGUGCUUGAUAUGAAGUGAUAUGUUUGGGAAAAGAUGGCGAUCAAAAUAAAACAAGAGCCGAUUCCGUUGGACGAAGACGAGGAGGAUGAAGAGGCUUUGAGGUUGGCAGUGCUGCAGUCUCUGAAGGCAAAGCAAGCGUCGAAGCCAGCUGCCCCGGCUCUCCCCCCUCAGGCUGCCCCCCCUCACCCAGCAUGCAGGCCUCCCUCUCUGCGGGGGCAUCCUCCGCCCUACAGGUCUGCGCCCCCCUACAGGCCGUUCAGGGGACGAGGCCCUUUUCCACCCUUUGCGGCACUCGGAUCCCGGGGGAUGCCUACCGGAAUUGGGUUCCAGAGACACAAAAUGAAUCCAAAUCUUAUAGCAAUAGUGCCUGUGAGCGAAGAUCAGCCACCAAAAUCUAUUCAAGAAUUCUCUCGUCAAAAUCAUGGCCAAAGGUUCCAGGAUCGCAAGUCUCGUGGUCGUGGUCAUCCGCCAUUUUCCAGACAGAUGAAUGUUCCAAAUCCAGUUCAUACCACUGUUGCAGAAAGUACUUCAGUUCCCUCCAAGUUCAGCAGAAUCGAUGCUUCCGAUUCUGAAUCGGACGAUGAUCUACUAACAAAGAAGAAGCACGGCUCCGAAGAUGAAGCUGAUGAUGAUCCACUAACAACGAAGAAGAACGAAUCAGAAGGUGAAGCUGAUGAUAAAUUAGUAACAAAAACAGGCAAGUCAGAAGAUGGAGCCGAUACUAAAGAUGAAUCAGAAUCAGAUGAUUCUUCAGUUUCCGAAGAUGACGACAGUCUUGAAAAGCUAAUGGAAGAAAUGGAACAAGAAAUGAGUGCUGAAAAAACUUCCAAACCUAAAAAACCGAAAAAAUUGAAAGAGAAAAAGAAGAAAGUAGUUCCAGAAGUCUCGAAACAGAUUCCUGCCGAUGUUAUUGAGCAGAAAGUUCUGAAUAUCAAGAAAGAGAAAGAAGAUGUGCAGAAGGUGGACCAAAAGCCUGUAGUGAAAGCCGCACCUGAAAAUGUGCAAGAGCCUGUAAAAGUCAAACCAGUGGUUGGGAUUGCCAAACCAACCUGUAUUGAUCCUUUGAAAGUGAAAAUCAAACAGGAACCUAUAGAUUCUGAUGACGUCAAAGGUUCAAUAGUCAAUCCUCCGAAGAAUAAUAUUCUAGAAAAGGUUACGGAAUCCAGUUCACUCAGUCCAAUCAGAAUAAGAUCGCCGAAUGAGGUAAAUUCACGAAUUGAAUCAAAAUCAACCUCAUCGAAUGUCGAUGAAUCUAAAGAAAAGCGUCCACCUCCGAAAGCAACUGGUUCUCAAGAUAAAAAAUCGUCGCCAACCAAAUCCACGUGCAGCUCCCCGGUCGAAUUCAUCGAACGAAGUCCAGUUUCGCCGAUCAUGGUUGACUCGCCCAAGAGUGACAAAACCAAUUUGCUCGAUGAGAACGAGUUAUCACAGGACAAAGAGCGAGCACAUCCGCCGAGAAAGCAGACUGUUGACGAGUAUUUUACACAUUCUCCAGAUCGCAGGGAUGCAAGAAAGUUUUCAAGGUCGCCAUCCCCGCGAACCUAUAGUACUCGCCAUUCGCCAGGGAAACGAAGCUUUUAUCAUGAUUCAGCUAGUGGUGUCAAAAGUAACGGACGAACGUCGCCUUUUGAUCGCUAUCCAAAAAUCAACAGAGCGCCAGGGGAACGGCCAUAUGCACCACUAGCAUCUUCACGAUACUCGCCACCCUAUGGUGCAUCUUAUAGACAAUACUCGCCAACAUAUGGACCUAUAUCACCGUCAUAUUCACCAUUUGACUCGGACAAUACUUACAAAUCAAGUCAAGGACAAAUUUAUUCUCACUUCAACAACCAUUCCACAUCUGAAAGGUCGAGGUCUCCUUUUCACUCUUUGAAAAACCAUCCCAAUUCAUCUAGUCACUAUAAUGAUGAGCAGAAAGCUCGAUAUCGUGAAGGUGAGAGUGCAGAAAACUUCCAUGUUAGGCCUCGUUACCCACCUCUCGCUGUGCGACGAUCACGCUCACCUAGGCGACUUUCUAGGUCUCCUAGGAGAUGGUCCCGAUCCCCCAGGCGCUUAUCGAGAUCUCCGAGGCGAGUAUCAAGAUCGCCUAGACGGCUGUCGAGAUCUCCAAGACGAUUGUCAAGAUCUCCAAGACGACUCAACCGAUCUCCUGGUCUGCACUCUAGAUCUCCCAGUCCAAAAUCUAGAUCGCCAAAACGUUACAUACCAAGGCCAUCUAGACGACGUUCACCUUGGAAUAGCAGAAUUCCAAAUCAAUUCCCAACUGCCAGACGAUGUGUUAGUAGAAGUCCAACACCUCACCAAACAAGAGACGGUAUUCGGAGAAGGUCGACGUCCCCUGGAAAAGUACAAUACGAGAGUAGACUUAGUCCUGGAGAAAGACAAGUUGCACCUCAGCCAAGAGAACCGUUGUCCCCCAGGAAGCCACGUUCUCGUUCGCCUGUUCCCUCUUCAAAAGUCCCAUCACCGUCCAGAGCCAGACGAGCGUCACUUUCGCCUUCAAGGCGGGAACCAUCCCCCAAUCAACGAUACUCACAGAGGAGCUUGUCACCUGGACGAACACAUCCUGAAUCAAGGCACAGACAAAGCUCUCUUUCGCCGAAACGAAGAGAUCCAACUCACCAGAAAGAUCAGGCCAGAAGGUAUUCCCCAGGUCGUAGAAGACAAAUGCCGCCGCAACGAGGAAGAUACAAUCAUCCCAACAACAAGAGUCGAAGUCCGCUGCGGAAAACGUCUCCCCUUCAAACACAGCACAAAAAUGCGGCCGACAGAAGGCAACAGAAUUGGGAUGCGGAUCCAAGGCGAGCCGGACAAGCUCCCACCACCAAGUCAUUGAGUCCAAGCGAUGCAAGUAGACAAAGAUCCAGAUCUCCGUUACGAGAUGGGUCGGAUUUGAAGUCGAGGAGGCGAUCUCCUCCUCAGAAUUCGUUGAGGAGACAAGCUGGCAGACGUCGAGGAGACGUCGUCGACAGAAAUCGCGACCACGACCGGCGUGAUAGAAGGAGAGACAAUGAUAGAGAGAGAGCGCAUGACAGAAGUCGAGAAAAGCCUAGAACUGAACAUGACAAGAAGGACAAGGAUGACGAGAAAUUGGAAACUGGCACUGCAAAGACUGACCAAGAACAAGUUGAAGAUAAGGAGCCAGUGAUAAGUGAUCCUGUGAUGGAAGCCAGGAGACGCAAAUUCGAGUCCAACGACCUGGUGCAGCCUGUCAGCAAGAAGAUCUGCCUGAAGAGCAAGAAUAAAACGACUGAUUCUCCAGACGUGACCCAAGACGAGGAGGUGGCAACUGAGGAGAAGCUGCUGGCGGGAGAGGACGGAGAAGAGAGUGACGAGAUGCUCGAUUUAGACCGCUAUGACAAAGCCUACUGCACCACUGACGAUGUAUUGGACUUGGGAGCCGAUAAUCUGCUCUGGGAAGACGACCCUCCUGACUGGAACCGCAAAAUUGAAGUCUCAGUCAACAAGCCAGCAAAACGCUCAAAAGAGAAGGUGAAGGACUUGAGAAGUAAGGUAACUGAAAAGAAGCGACACAAACACAAGGCGGUUGAAGCUUCCCCGGUCAAGAGGAAGAAGAAGAAGAGGGAGACCACCGUCACUGUUGACAACGAGCCAAGCCGAGCCGAGGAGGACCAAGCAGAGGCAAGUGACAACCAGUUGCAACAGUUCAAUGAUAAAGAAGAGGAGCCUCACAUGAGAAAUGAGGAAGUUGAAGAAUCUGGGUCGAAGGAUUUGGAAACCGCCAAUGAUGAUUGUGAUCUAAGAGCCGAACUGAGCCGACGUCGCGCCGAACGCCUAACCAAGGCUGGAUCUCUUCACGACUCAUUGCCUAAACGUCUUCUUCAAUCAGCAUUCAAGGGACUUAUUGGAAAAUCUCGAACAGAAACCAAGGGAUCGAAGUCCAAAGAAAGUAAACAUACAAAAGCUGUUGAACCAAAAGUACAACCAUUAGCACCUAACGCUGAAGUGGCUUAUGAACCUGGAAAGAGGCGUGUUGCUGAAGUGCCAUCUGAAGCUGGGAAGAGGCGUGUUUUAUUGUUGAAACGCAACAAACCCACACGAAAAGCAUCUUUCCAAAUUGGAUUGAAAGUCACCAAAGAAUCGGAUUCGGACUCAUUGCCGUCUUACUCGGAGGAGGAGAGUGAAGAGAACCAAGGCGAUGAUUCAGUGGAUCAGAGUGAGAGUGAGAGUGAGGAUGUCGCCCAACUGCUGGCGGCUGUCAACCGGAAGCAAGAUGGCGCUCGGGUGCCAGUCAAGAGUCGGCUUGGUAGUGCCAUUAAUCGCGGUCAAAAGCAAAAAAGAAAAUUCUUUCGUCGAAAUCAGGUAUGACUUCAACCAGCGACUGAACCUUCACUGUGAAUUGUUUAUAAAAAAGACUAAAAGACUAUUGUCAUAUAUUUGAAUAUGGACCGCUGCAGAUAUUUAUGAAUUUUUUAUAUAUGUUUUUCUUGUUACAAUAGCAUGAUUUACAGAUUUGUACUAUUUAUAUAAUCAUGUAUCACUUGUUCUUUUACAGCUUUAAGCUUAAUGCUUUAAAGAUAAGAUAUUAAUUGAAAAGUUAUUUAAAAUGGUUUGAAUAUCAGUGUCUUAUAAUUAGAUUAUUAAUCAAAUGAUUAUCUGUAAUUUAAUUCAUAAACCUUUUGUGUAUGAAAUGCGUUGUACACCUAUUAGAACAUGAUAAUAGUAUAGUGUAAGUAAAGAUGUUCACUUAUUGAUUUCUAUGGGUUUUUUGUUACUAUGAAUAUGGAAUAUUAUGUGCAUGUACUCUUAGGUCACUAAAAUAUCUAUAAUCAAUUUGUAAUUUGAAGAGAAUUCUAUGAUAGGCUUGUUCUUGAUAGCUGUAACAUUGCUUGUUUGCGACGAUUUAUUCUCGAAUGUAUUGACUAUUUUGUGACAAAUGAUUCAGAUUGUUUAUAAAAAAAUGAGUGUUAUAUACAUCGAUAAUGCUGUAUAUCAGCUCUAUCAAAUAUAAAAAAUAGUCAAAAUUCAUACUGGUUACUAUCAACACUAUUCUCAUUGUUUCAAGUGGUUUAUUACUAGGCGUUAUUUAUUCAAGUAUUCUAAUUACCAUUUCUCCUGGAAUUUUGGUUGUUGCUUGCCGCUAUCAUUGUAACAAUUCACUUUAAGCCAGGAGUUAUUCUAAUUCAUAAGGUAUUUGGAUAUUUUCAAACUAUUUCCCAUAUCAAAUUUUUCUUAUGAUAAAAAUGUCAAUUUUAUCAUGUUCCUCCGCCAAUAUGGAAUGGCUUUCUGAGAAAUGUCUCCAUUAGUGAAUAUACUGCAGGCAGUAUGAUUGUAGUGCCUUUUCAUCAUGUUCAUAAGCAAUAAUUAGUAGGCACGUUUGACUUUUCUGCACUUGAGUCUAUUUUGAGAAGGAAUAACAAUUAUUGUUCUUGCACAAUACUUCAGCUGAUCUUCUGUGAAUGUGAUUGAGAUUAUAAUUUGCAUCUCUAUGGCUCCGAGUUCAUUCAUAAAUGUUCGUGACAAUUCAGAGAUUUAGUCAAGUAAUAGUAAGAGUAAGAGUAAGAAAGAAUAAAGUUAAGUCAAGUUUUUGAAUGAUGAACUCAAUUUCUGUGAAGUAUGAAUCUGUCUUUAGAUUUGGUUAUCUGGAAUAAUCUAAUGGAUUUCUUGAAGGUUACUAUUGAAAAUACAGUACCUACAUUUAAAAUCUUCCAUGUUGAAGAUCAAUCAAAAAGGAAUAAAACAUGGAAACCUGUGAUUAAUAUUUCUAAAAAUACAGAAAGUUUUUUGAUAUAUAGUUAAAAAAUUAAUUAAAAAAUAUGAUGCUAAGCUCUUUUAAUAAUAGUUAGCAUUUUUUGGAUUUUGUGGCCAUUAUUGUUAAGCUUGUUCUCUCGUUAUCUAUAUUACAGUACUAUAAUAUGAACAGUUGAAUACCACAUAACUAUAUGAUCGUUUCUUCCUAGCCUUAUUUAUUUAGUAUCUGAAUACAGAUUUCAAUACAUUUUUAUUGAAUUAUUUAUUAUAAACCUAGCAUUGUCUUGUUAUUUAAUUUGUUUUUUAAUUGGCAAAAUUAUGUAAAGAUGAUUUAAAAUGUAUUCAGUAUAUUCUACAUUGAAGUAUAUUUUGAAUUCGAAACCAAGUACCUGAUUAUUUGUUAUUUAUUUCAACCUUCCCACUUUCACGUUCUUAUUUGUUAAUUUUAUAAGAGCUGUAAAAUAGUGAGUGUGUGCAUGUGUGUGUGUGUUCAAUAUUCUCUAGUAUGUAGAAAAACUGUGAUCAAUAAAAUAAUAAAAUAUCUCAUAUUUUUA